AUGGGCCUCUCCAAGACCAACAGGAUUCUGAUCCUGUUGGCAAUUGAUUCCGCUUUCUUCCUGCUGGAACUGAUUGCCGGUUAUUCCGUCCAUUCUCUUGCCCUGGUGGCCGACUCCUUUCAUAUGCUCAACGAUGUUUUAUCCCUGUGUGUCGGACUCUGGGCCGUCAAGGUCGCCAACCGCGAAACCAACUCCAAGAUGUAUACUUAUGGGUGGCAACGUGCGGAGACCCUCGGUGCGCUCGUGAACGGUGUCUUUCUCGUGGCGCUGUGUCUGUCCAUCUUCCUGGAGGCCAUCCAGCGACUUGUUGAGCCGCAGGAAGUGAAGAACCCCAAGUUCGUCUGCAUUGUGGGCUGUCUCGGCCUGCUCUCGAACAUCAUCGGUCUAGUUCUGUUCCACGACCACGGGCAUGCACAUGGACACAGCCAUGGUCAUAGCCAUGGAGACAUCGAGGAGGGAGAUAGUGAGGCGGGCCAUGACCAUGACCACGACCACGACCACGAUCAUGAUCACGACCAUGAUGCUCACUACCCUUCUAACCAGAUCCAGCGCGCCGAUUCCUCCCCCUAUUCCCGCCGUCGCACCCUGGACAGUCAACCCCGUAGCUCCCGCCGUUACAGCGGUGCCACCGGCCGAUUCGUCGAUGUGGAAGACAUCCAGGUCCACCCCGCUAGCUUGAGACAGGAGAUUAUCGCCGCCAGCCGCAGCCAUUAUGAGGACGAACAGUCCGGAUCGGACAGUGACCUGCAAGAGGGCGGGAACCCCUCCGAGCGAUCGGCGCUCUUGGGCCACCGGGAUCGCGCGGGCAAAUACACGGAUGAGGACGAUGCGCCCGUUCGAGUGCCACACGCGGCAACCGAUGACGAUCUCCACAAGUCCCACAACCACGCGCAGCCCAAGCCCAAGGAUCACGGUCAUGGCCAUGGACACGACCUCAACAUGCGCGGCGUCUUCCUGCACGUGAUGGGCGACGCGCUCGGCAACAUCGGUGUCAUCGCGUCCGCCCUCAUCAUCUGGCUGACCGAUUACUCGUGGCGGUUCUACGUGGACCCGGGCAUUUCCUUGGUGAUCACUGUGAUCAUUCUGCUGUCGGCCAUCCCACUCUGCAAAGCGGCGUCGCGGAUCCUGCUGCAGGCGGUGCCCCACGGGCUCAGCAUCGACCAGAUCAAGGAGGACAUCGAGAGGCUGCCCGGGGUGAUCGGCUCGCACCACCUGCACGUGUGGCAGCUGAGCGACACGAAGAUCGUGGCGUCCAUCCACAUCCAGGUGGACACGGAGAUCAAGGGCGAGGGCUCGGAACGCUACAUGCGGCUGGCGCGGCAGGUGCGGAAGUGCCUGCACGCCUACGGCAUUCACUCGUCGACGAUCCAGCCCGAGUUCGCUCCGGACAGCGACGUCGAGGACACGCUCACUGCGGCGCCGUCGUCCGCCCGCGGGGCCUCGGCGUCGGGCACGCUGCCCAGCCGCACGCCCAGCGUCCAGGGAGACUCGCAGGCCUGCCUGCUGGAAUGCGGGGAGGAGUGUGCCCGCGGUGGCCAGUGCUGCCCCAAGAAAUCGCCGUGAUUUACCACCAGCCUAGGCUCUCUCUUUACUGCACCAUAAUAUUCCCUUUUCGUCUAACAUUGUUUAACAUACCCGGUACCUUGACUGCACCUACGCGUUGGGUUGGCCUUGUCGAUGCUUCUCAUAAACUUGGUGUCUGUUUGGUUGUUUGGGGGCUUCUAGAUGUCCCCCCGUGUGGCUUACAUCUUUCUUUUGAGUACCUACCUACCUUACCUUAGUAUUCUUCUUGUAUUCAUACCACAUUAUUGCAUAUUAAUU